UUUUCUCGCACUCUGCAUUUCCCUCUUACCUCUUUUUUCCAAAAAUUCCAAACUGUCUUCGGAUGCCCUCACGCUUCCCCUAAGGGAGACUUUUGUUUACGCAUUUUCCCUCCUUGCGUCUUCUGCAAAACAACAAUGGCUGGCAGUUACUUCGCCGUUCGGGCGGGUAGCGGCGCCUUGGCUGCGACGACAAACGCGUCGAGAGUUUCCUACCUUGCAAGACUGGGUCGCUGGCCGUCUUCCGCAGUAGUGUCUGGUCGUGUUUCGCCGCGUGUUUCUGCCACGAACAGCGCCUUUUUCUGCUCCCUCUCUCGAACGCGAUUUGCCGCAAAAGCAGUCCAGGCGCACGGCGGCGCUCACGCACCCGCGGCGACAGUCACACCAAAGUACACAGACGAUAUCCCUGCUGAAUAUUACCAGAACGGCAUCUUCAAGAACUACAAACGAGACGAUUCUCCCCUCCGGAGUUUGAUUCGCAUGGGUCUCACCUUUGGGACCUGCUUUCUGAUCAUUUUCCUGAACCACCAAGCGUCUUGCAGCCACUGGCACUUCAAGCAUCGCAUUGCCGGCUCUUACCUCGACUCUGCCGAGUGAAGCUGCUGACUCUUCGAGGUGCAUACGUCCGUGUGUGUGCGUAGACGGUAGAAACGACGUGUUGACAUCAAUGGUCUGUGCAACGAAUUCCACUGUGCUCCUUUGACGAGUCUCUUGGUUGGAAGACGGCGGUGAAUACGGACUUGUGUCAUCCUGUUCUGCUGCUUUGGACACACAGAUCCAUUUUACUCCAUUUCUACAGGAAUGUUUCUGGUAUUUGAGCACUUGGAUAACUCGACGAAUCUAAUUUCGACGCACUCCCG